AGUUCCCUACCCAUGAAAGAAUGAUUUUCCUCAUUGUUGCACUGCUCCAAUUGGUGCUUACGACAUUUGCACAAUCUAGCGCCGAUGACGACUUAAUGUCCUUUGUGACGCUCCCGGGUGUCAGGGCGUUAAAAUAUGAAGUGUAUUACAAAGAUCGCGAUCGCGUCAGCCCGGGCUACUGGUUCGUUGCGCCGUAUGGAAACAUCGCCCCAGAACCACCGUCACAAAAAUACAAGCCAUACCAGAUCGGACCCUAUAUCUAUGAUGCCGAUGGGAUGCUCAUCUGGGCUGGCUCGCCCAUGUUUGAUAACCGCAACGUCUUCGAUUUCAAGGUAGUCAAUAGCAUUGGUGACAAACCACACCUCUCGUUGGUCUGGCAAAUCGCCUACGAUCACUCGGAUAAUGGAUAUGGCGUCGUACUAGACAAUGCCUAUGACAUCCAAAAGAAAGUUCCUAUGCCAGAGGAGUACGGUGCCUUUGAUAUACACGAGUUCAAUAUCCUCGACGAUGGCAAAACGGCCAUGGCCAUCACGUAUCGAGAACAUGAAAUCGCCCUGGACACGCAAGACCGUCCUGGUGAACAUACGUAUGUCUUGUCAGGCGGAUUUGUCCAAAUAGAUUUGAGCUCGGAAAAGAUCAAUUAUGUUUGGGAUGGCGUCGACAAAGUUGCCCUGAGUGAAUCGGUCACUGUCAACCAGGAGACCCCUCCCGUGGGGCCACCAGGAUGGGACUAUGUCCACCUGAACUCAAUCGACAAGAACGACGAUGGCGACUAUAUUAUCUCCUAUCGGUUUACCAAUACGAUUUACAUGGUUUCCGGCAAGGAUGGGAAUAUUAUGUGGCGGCUGGGCGGGCAGUACACUGACUUUGAACAAGACUUCACAUUCUCCAAGCAGCACGAUGCAAAAUUCAUUGAGUCUAAUGGGACGCACCAUGUGAUUUCACUCCUGAAUAAUGCCUCUGAUGAAUUAAGCAACGACGAGGAUGUCUCAUCGGCUCUUUUCAUCGAGCUAGAUACCAGCACAUCCCCGAAAACUGCUAAAGUUAUCCGACGCUAUAACCGCCCCGAUGGCGGCCUCACCCGACUCCGUGGCAAUACUCAGCUGCUCCCAAACAAUAACGUGUUUGUUGGAUGGAGUGAGAGGGGCUAUAUUUCCGAGUUCUCACCCGAAGGCGACACUUUGCUGACCGCAAACUUUGCUUCCUCGCGCUACUCGACCUAUCGGGCAUACAAGUUUGAGUUCACAGGCCGCCCCAGUGCACCUCCUGACCUGGUUGCCUCUGUGUGGGGCACGGAUCAGACAGAUCUCUCGACGACUUUCUAUGUCAGUUGGAAUGGCGCCACCGAUAUUGCUGGGUGGAACUUCUACGCGCGGGCUGCGAAGAAUGGUCACCCUAUCCUUGUCGGAAACGCCACCAAGACCGAUUUUGAGACGAUGUUCAUCGCCCGCGGAUACCUGGACUGGGUGACCGCGGAAGCGGUUGAUCGCGAAGGCCGAGUUCUGGGUGCUUCUCGGGUUCAGAGGAGCAAGAUCCCCGAUAACUGGGCCGCGGCUGGGUUCAAAGGCGAUCUCAAGACCCUUAAACCAGAUGACCCCAAGGCCCCCAAAUCGAACGCUAAUGGGCAAACCAUUGGUGACGAAGAGGCCGAUAACAUAAACAAAAACAACAACUUACAAUUCCCGCACGCGGAUGAUGCAGAUGUGAAGCAGAUUGCCCAGCUGGCGCAAGAAACGUACGAUCUCGUUCGAAACGUCAGUGGUAUUUUCGUCCUCAUCGUACUUUGCGGUAUAGUAAGUGGUAUCGCGGCCAGUAUCUAUCUCUUAAUCCGCCGUCGGAGAACACAGCCUUACAAAAACGUCCCAUCGGAUGACAUUCCAGAUGAGGAGAUCCGCCUCCAUUCAGUUGAGUGA